AGAUGGCGCUGGUCAACUCGAAUAUUUACAUAGAACCGAGCCGGUGUCAUUCCCGCUUUUUCUCGAUGGAAUAGAAACAAAGUGUUGUUGCGUUAUCAUUUUUAUUUUUAAUUAUCCUGUACCUUGCUAGUGUUUUCGCUAUGACGAGUUCUGUCAGUACAAACCCAUCGACCUUGUUGCCUUUAGAAUUGGUUGACAAAUGCAUCGGUUCCCGGAUACACAUUAUUAUGAAAAAUGACAAGGAAAUUGUUGGUACACUGUUGGGCUUCGAUGACUUUGUAAAUAUGUUGCUGGAGGAUGUGACGGAAAGCGAGGCAACCCCUGAAGGACGAAGAGUGACCAAGCUUGAUAUGAUUUUGCUCAACGGUAGCAAUAUCACGAUGCUUGUACCUGGUGGAGAAAUGCCUGACACGUAAAAUAAUAUUUUUUUUUAAUAUUUUGUAUAAUAAAAAUGUAAACAUUAAUUUAAGUAUACAUAUAAUAAAAAAAUUGAAAGGGUCUGGUCUUUAGAAUUAUUAUACGAAGCGAAUAUUAUUGAGCUAU